CAAAGAAAUAAGGUUGGAGAUGACAAUAGUGCUUGUAAGCUUAAUUUUUCUUUUUGAAAAAAAGCAAAGGCAGCGAACAAAAUACUUAUCAGAUAGAUUAUUAGAAAUUUGGAUGUUUAAGUAAAGAUAGUUGAUUAAGGUUAGCAUUAAGAAAAGAAUAAUUUUAAAAUCUAGAUUUCACUGUUUCAUUUUUUGCCCCAAACAAUGUUUACUGGCAUGUUUUAAAUAUUUUUGAAGAUCUAAGUGCAAGAUUCAGAGUAUUUUGUUGAAUAGUUUUGAAAAGUUUGAGUAAUAUUACAACUUUUCUUAUAAAAAAGACUUAAAUAUUUGUCAAAAGUUAAAGGGAAUUGUAUAUAAUUAUAAGGAGAGGUAAUUGGGCAGUUGGGAAAUAGCUCUAAAUCUUAUGUCUUUAUCAGACGACUCAUAUGCCCAUACUCAAGAAUCGCUAGAGCUGACACUGCGAUGUUUGUUUAAUUAAUUUCUACUAAUUAAAUUUUGGAAUAGUUCAACAUUUAUUUAUGUUGGAUCUGGAUAUGAUGCGUAGUUUUAAUCAAAAUAUCUUUCUAGAAGGUCAACUUGCAAAUAACAUUUAAAUAUCUGAUUGGCCCUUUUGCCUUAACCUCUCUAGGUAGAAGCAUUAACCAUGGGUUUGUCUUUAUAAUAUUCUAAAAGGCAUAUAACUCUUGCUCUUAUCUCUUUGUUCUCAUCAUUCCUUGUACUUCAAGGCAUUGAUUUUUCUAAAAAAGGGAGAACCAAAAAAAAGUUCAUCUUCUUCAUUUCAGGUAUCUCAUAAGGGUUGUGUUACAACAAAGAAUAUGGAAAUGGAACAGUACUUUGAGGAGGCCAGCAUCCAGAUUAAUUCAUUUGGAGAGAACAAAUCUUCUCUAGAAAAUUGGAAAUCUGUUUUGGAUGCCAUGGCUGAAACUCAUUGUGAUGCAUCUGGGCUAUUUGAUUGUAAUAUAUGCUUGGAGACAGUGAAAGAUCCUGUCGUUACACUUUGUGGCCAUCUCUUUUGUUGGCCUUGCAUUUAUAAAUGGAUUCAUUUCCAGGACAGCUCUUUAGAGAAACAAGCUCGACGACUCCCGCAAUGUCCUGUUUGUAAGGCUGAAGUUUCUGAUGCUACUCUAGUCCCACUUUAUGGCAAAGGUGAAACUCAAAAUCCACUCGAAAGCAAGAAUCCACAGCUUGGAAUCGUGGUCCCUCGUAGGCCUCAGGGUCCUGCUUGCUUUGAGUCACCAAGGCCAACUUCUCACCCAACAUCUCACACAGUUGGUCCUCAAUUCAGGGAAGGAAGUUCAGAUUCUUCUGAUCAAUCAAAUGUUUACUAUGCUCAAGUGACAGGAGCGUUUGGAGAAGUGGUUUAUGCGAGAAUGUCGGGUGCGAUAACGAAUCUAUAUGCGUAUCCGAAUUCGUAUCCUCUUGUGUGGAGCAGUAGUCCAAGGAUUAGAAGGCAUAUUUUGCAGACAGAUGAAUCACUCAACAGAAUAUGUAUUUUUCUUUUCUGUUGUUUAAUUAUAUGUCUUCUUUUGUUCUGAGCCAUAGAUUUUCACUUUACUUUCCGACCCAUUGUAUAAAUUUUGGUGGCGAUUGGUUGCCCCUUUCUGGCCCUUGUUUCUGUAGUUGGUGUAAAUAAGAAUUUUGUUGUAGCCUCAUUAUGUGGGCUUCUAUUA